GAAAACCGUUAGUUUGUGGAGGAGAAAUCUCGUCCGUCAAUGUCUGGUGUGUAAAAAUCAAACCGCUGACAGCGUACUGACAGCAAUGUCGAGAGAAAACACCACUCGGAGUUUGGACAGUAUAGACCUUGCUGCUUUGAGAGAUCCAGCAGGUAUCUUUGAGCUGGUGGAGGUGGUUGGCAAUGGAACCUAUGGGCAAGUCUACAAGGGUCGUCAUGUCAAGACAGGCCAGCUGGCAGCUAUCAAAGUCAUGGAAGUCACAGAGGAAGAAGAGGAGGAAAUAAAGUUGGAGAUCAACAUGUUGAAGAAUUACUCCCAUCACAGAAACAUUGCUACUUACUAUGGAGCUUUUAUUAAGAAAAGUCCUGCAGGACAGGACCACCAACUUUGGCUGGUGAUGGAGUAUUGUGGAGCCGGCUCAGUGACGGACCUGGUGAAGAAGACCAAGGGAAACUGUCUCAAAGAGGACUGGAUAGCUUAUAUUUGCAGAGAGGUGCUCAGGGGUCUUUCCCAUCUCCACUCCCAUCAUGUGAUUCACAGAGACAUUAAGGGACAAAACGUUCUGCUCACAGAGAAUGCUGAAGUCAAAUUGGUCGACUUUGGUGUGUCAGCACAGCUGGACAGAACAAUUGGUCGAAGGAACACCUUCAUUGGGACUCCCUAUUGGAUGGCCCCGGAGGUCAUCGCCUGUGACGAGAACCCAGAGGCCACAUAUGACUACCGGAGCGACCUCUGGUCUUUAGGCAUCACUGCUCUAGAGAUGGCUGAAGGAGCCCCUCCCCUGUGUGACAUGCAUCCAAUGAGAGCACUGUUUCUGAUCCCACGAAACCCUCCUCCCAAACUCAAAUCCAAGAAAUGGUCAAAGCGUUUCUUGUCAUUUGUUGAUAGCUGUUUGGUGAAGAAUCACCUGCAUCGGCCCACCACCGAUGCCCUGCUGAGACACGCUUUCAUCAAAGAUCUGGCCAACGAGAGACAAGUUCGCAUCAUGCUCAAAGAUCACCUGGACAGAACCAGGAAGAAGAGAGAGAAAGAUGGUCCCGAGUAUGAGUACAGUGGCAGUGAAGAAGAGGAGGAAGAGGUGACAGAGGAGGAAGGAGAACCCAGCUCUAUAGUGAAUGUUCCUGGUGAAUGGACAUUGCGGCGGGAGUUUCUUCGUUUACAGACCGAGGGUCGUGAAGGUGGCAGAGACGGAGGCCACAGAGGAGGUGGGGUUCAACAGAGACAGCAGGCAUUACAGCAGCACAGACAGCAGUUAGCGGAGCAGGAACGUUACAAGCAGCAGCUGCUGGCUGAUAGACAGAAGAGGAUCCAACAGCAACACGAACAACGACAAAAACUAGAGGAUCAGCAGAGACGUCAGCUAGCAGACUGUGCCUUCCAGUGGGCGGAGCUACAGGAGAUCCUGCUGGGGGAAGAGGCUGAUCUCCAUGACAACAGAAUCUCAUUGGAUGACCGGAACAGGAGGAGUGACAGGAGACAGGAGCAGACAAGCAGACAGCGCAGUGGCGAUGUGUCAGUAAGGCCUCUGGACUCCAAAGCUGAGCAGAGAGCCGCACCUCCAAAUCAGCUGCUUCAGCCUAAGGCCCAGCACUUCCAGCCACAGCUUCAGCGCCAGGCCAAGCCCCAGCCUCUGGCCCAGCACCAGCAGCCUUCAGCAGGCAGGAGAUCCCACCGCACACUGCCCAAGGACCAAACUCAGCUCCUCUCCCUGCAGCACGACCACAGACACAGGGAAAGGGAGAGGCAGAGGGAUAGAGAGAAGCCUGUGGCAGCUGUCCAAAAGCUAACAGCUAACAGUGUGACCAAAACUGCAACUACAUCUAGUGUCGCUACUGCUGCUACUGCUGCUGCAGCUGCUGCUGCUGCCAGGCCCAGCUGCCCUGCUGGCAGCCAGCGCUCAGCGAUGGACUUUCACGAGUCAAAUCUAGCUCGGCUGCUGUCGGCUGCAGGUCUGCCCUCCCAGAUGCACUCUAGGCUGGGCUCUGGGAGCAGCUCCAGUCCCUGCACCCCAGCCAUGCAAAGAGCUCACUUCAGCCAGAAUGCCAAUCUGCGUUCCAGUCGGGAUGCCCCUCACAGCAGCUCUAUGUCAGAUAUGGUCACCUCCCCUUUAUCCCCGCUCAGCCCCCGGACUCCUGCCACUGAUGAUGUCUUCUGGGACUUUGCCGAGAAACCACCUAAGGUCCCAGAACGUACUACCUCUAAGAUGUACUGUAGAGAGAUGGUGAUGGGACACAAGAGGACCGCUUCCAGUGGCAGUCCAGUGUUUGCAGCAGAUAAAGGUGGAAGGUUGGUAUCUUAUGGAAGCUCCUCCACCAGCAGCAACCACUCAGGUUACUUUAAGCUGGAGAGUCCUCUACUGCAGCACCGUCUUCAGCACCACAGGAAGAUACAAGACGGCUUAACUGGUGCACCCACACAAGGUGUGAAGUCUGCCCUGGGCCGUCUUAACAAGGCCACAGAGUACUCUUCCUCCAGUGAUGAGGUCGGCAGCAGUGAUGACGAAGAGAGGAACAGGUCUGGCCUGUCCAACGGAAAAGGGAAGUACUUCAGAGGGAUACCUGAUGGCAUCAUACUGCAGCCACACCAUAAUCUCAAUGAGCUUUCUCGACUGGGUUCAGAUGGUACUUACCUGCUACCAGACCUCCUGCAGAAGACGUCUUCGUCCAGCCCCACCCAUAACACACCAGGCCAGCACCACCAAACACAUGAACUCAGCUACUCUCAGUUGCCCACAGCCCCCCGCUCGCCCCAGCACCAGGAACACACCAUCAGCAGCCCCACUGGCAAGAUCACCUCUUCAUCCUCCUCCUUCACACCCUUCAUUGAUCCAAGACUGCUGCAGAUCUCACCACCACAAAGCCCAACAGGCAUGAAGGCUGAGCCAAUCAGGAGGGAGAACCACAGGAAGGGUUCUGUGGUCAAUGUGAACCCAACUAACAUCCGACCACAGAGCGAUACUCCAGAGAUCCGAAAGUACAAGAAGAAAUUCAACACUGAAGUCCUCUGUGCUGGCCUGUGGGGUGUGAAUCUGUUGGUGGGGACAGAAAGCGGUCUGUGGCUGCUGGAUCGAAGUGGGCAAGGGAAAGUCUACUCCCUCAUCAGCAGGCGGAGAUUUCAGCAGAUGGACGUGCUGGAAGGACUCAAUGUGCUGAUCACUAUAUCAGGCAAAAAGAACAAGCUGCGGCUGUACUACCUGUCCUGGUUAAGGAACAAAAUCCUUCAUAAUGACCCAGAGGUGGAGAAGAGACAGGGCUGGACCUCAGUAGGUGACCUGGAGGGCUGUGUGCACUAUAAAGUCGUGCGUUAUGAGAAGAUCAAGUUCUUGGUGAUCGCUUUGAAGAAUGCUGUUGAGGUGUAUGCCUGGGCCCCAAAACCUUACCAUAAAUUCAUGGCCUUCAAGUCAUUCAGCUCUCUGCCUCAAAAGCCCCUGUCUGUUGACCUGACAGUGGAGGAAGGUCAAAGGUUAAAGGUCAUCUACGGGUCACUGUCUGGUUUCCACGCCAUUGAUGUUGACUCUGGAACGCCAUAUGACCUUUACCUGCCCACACACAUCCAGGGUUCCAUCCGUCCACAUGCCAUCAUCAUUUUGCCAAAUAGUGCAGGGACGGAGGUUCUGGUGUGUUAUGAAGAUGAGGGCGUUUACAUCGACACUUAUGGCCGCAUCACCAAGGAUACAGUCCUGCAGUGGGGAGAGAUGCCCGCAUCAGUCGCUUACCUUCAGUCUAAUCAAGUGAUGGGCUGGGGUGAUAAGGCCAUAGAACUGAGGUCAGCCAACACAGGGAACCUGGAGGGUGUUUUCAUGCACAAAAAAUCCCAGAAACUCAAAUUCCUGUGUGAAAGGAACGACAAGGUCUUCUUCGCCUCAGUGCAGUCAGGAGGCAGCAGUCAGAUUUACUUCAUGACUCUUGGACAGAACUCACUGUUCAGCUGGUGAAGCCUGGAUCUGUUACUCUGGGAUCUACUGCUAGUGUCUGGAUUCAUUAUUCUGCCUUGAUCCAUCCUGAUUGGUGUUUUUACCAUUGAUCUCCAUGGGCAGAAGACAUCAUCCAAGCACCAAUCUUGUCUGAAUUUAUUAUUCCACGUACAGUCUAAUGCCACCAAUGUGCAUUCAUGAAAAUAUGCGUGGGUCUACAAGUCAGUUAACCCAGUGGAAAUAAAUCUGGAUUUAUACUCCAUCCCUGCCCCAGAAGCAUGGAUCUCAACUGGAUCACAAAUGUUUGGAUCUAUAAUUCAUCGAUUCAGUGGAUGUGGGUUGCUUUAUACAGACCACUGUGCCGUCAGCCAAACUAGCGGUGUCUGCAUUUGUCAUGUGAAAGAGCAGUGAUGUCUGCCAUUUGUCUCAAGUCCGCAGUUACCUGAAGGUGUGUGUGUGGUGUCUCUCUCCCAUGAGGACUCAGGCUGUUUCCUCAAACUGUCACUGCACCGACAAAGUGGAAACCUAGACUCAUUUUGUGCCUCAAGCAAAAGCCCUACUUCAUCAAAAUAUUUCUGGACACAGUGUUGAUGGUUUGAUUCAACUGAUCAUGCAGUGAUGUCUGACAAAAGUUUAAUGAUCUGGCUUCAAAACCCCAAUUCAAAUGUACCUGGAUCCACUCCUCAUCUGUUAACACACAAUAUUCUGUUCAACUGCUGAUCAGCUUAGUUCUGUUCAACUCAUCUUUCCUGGAUCAGUUCCUCCUGUUUUGUUGAAGACUCCCACCUCAGCCUUCCUGGCUUUUUUAUCCAUUACUCACUUAUCAUUUAGCAACACCUGGACUCUUGCCCUAAUGUUCAUGGUUUAUUAUUGGACCAAAUAUUCUCUUCUUAGUUGGUAAUAGCUAGUGAUACCUGAAUCAAGGCUGAGGGAGUCAUUUUCAGGUCCUCUGGCGUUCAGCUCUUUUCUGUGAUUCGACUACAAACAAGCAGCAUCUGUUAAAAAGGAGUGAAAACUGGAAUAACACAAGUCAUUCAUGAACCUAACUGAUUCCAUGGACACUGAUUUCUGCAGGGGGUGGCUGGAGCCCAAAUAUGGGCCAUGCUGUAGGAAAAUCAAAAUCAGCCCCAAAAUGAUUGUAAAUAAAUUUGUAUUCACAUGUAAUUGACCAUUUUAAAUCGUCCAAAUCUUAAUACAUCCCUUUACAGAGAUUAACAGCCUACCAAUAGAUAUUAGAUAUUCAGCAUUACGUCACAGCCUCGUUUGAUUUAUGUUGAUCUCAAUAUCAAUAUCUUGUGAAUUUUGAAGGACAAGUUUUAUAUUUUCAAACUAUCUUGUAUAAGGAAUUAGUCGUUGUCCAUGUCGCAUUUUUGUUAUAUUUGUUCAUGGUAAAGUUCUGUCACCCACAAUAACCCAGUUAUAAAUCCCCAUAUCCACUGAACCCAAUAUCAUCUUUUUUAGCUAAAAAUGUUGCAUAUAUUCAGGUUUUUAGGGUUGUUAUUUGUUUCUUUAGGGCUAUAAUUGAAACUACAACUCCAAAACAUUAUUCCAUUAUUGAAUUCAAUCCUUAUUCCUUCAUUACUUAAUUCCCUAGAAGCUAGUAGAAUGAGAAUCUGUAUAAGGAUGACUAUCACCUUACCUACAGCAUAUGUACUUAUAUAAUCCUAUACCAGGUCAUAUCUAACAACAAAAUCUAUUUAGAUGGGGCUCCACAGUGCAAAAUUUAACUUGCUUCCUUGAUACAUUAACAUUUGGGACGUCCUGAUAUCAAGGACACCAUUCUAUCUUGAAGAUAUGCAGUAGUUUGAACUUACGUUAGACUAUAAGAUCAUAGUAAUCCCAAUGAUGAGCCAUAGGUCCAGUUCUAUUUACUCGUAGCCUGAAAUCAGAAAACCACCUAAGCAACAGUUUGCUCUUUAUACUUCCAGCAUUAAACUUACAUUAGGUAGUUUGCAUUAAAAUUAAAUAAAUAUUUGGUAUCACUACAUUACCCUACUAGUGCUGCCAGGCCUCAAUUUAAACGUCCGCUGCAGACUUGGACCAUGUAAUUUCAGUUUUAUUCCUCUUUAAUAAGGACCUUUAACGUGAUGUGCUUUACUCUGGAAAUACAGUUAUGUACAGUAUAGAAGGUGUAAACAAUAUAUAUAGAUACAAAACAUAUGCAUUUCUGUUCUAUAACUGUAUAGCUUAGAUAUUAGAGGGUGUAUAUAAUCUCAUAAAAUGCACUGUUUUAUAGAUAUUUUAUAAUCAACAGGCCAUCUUUAUGUAUCUGUACAGAUUUAUGGGCUUAUUAAGGGGAAAUUCCACCUCAAAAUAUGAUUCACACAUGCAGUUUCCAUGAUCUUAGACAGUUCAGCAUUUCUGAACGCAAAUAAAUCCUAACCCAAGCAAGACUGUGCCCUGUUACGCCAUCAAGGGACUGAAGCAGAAGCUGCUCCUCUGACACUGAGCUUAGAGAGUUCUGUUCAUGUUCACAAACCUCCUCUGAAAUGUCCAAGAUCAUACAAUCUAUCGUGGAUUUUGUUUUUUGGGUGAUAUUCCCUUUUUGUGUAUAAUCAGGCCCUUUGCACAAUGGCCAACUUGUAAAUGUCUUCUGUAAUAUAGCCUCCUUUAAACGCUUUUUAUGGUUCAAAGUGGGAAACAUUUAAAGCCAUUGUAUAUUCACUUCAGAGAGAUUACUCUCUAACUUGAGCAUUAGAUCAGUAUUUCUUAAAUGACCUGACUGGGGUCAUGCACCUGUUUAUGGCAGGUCUCCUUGGUGACGGGAGUAUUUUUCAAUGAGCCUGGGUAGAGAUAGACAUGUAUUGAGCUGGGCUGAAAACAGUGAUGUGGCCCUUUUCUAUAGUUAAAACUGGAGAGUAUCUACUGCCAUUCUAUAGUCACUGUCAAAAUGAGAAUUGCAGAAUUUAUGAUGUAGAUGUAUGAUGCAGUCUUGUCUAAAGCAAGAAACCAAAGAGCCAAGGCUUUGACAGGCUUCACAAAUGUAGAUUAAACUGGCCAAAAUUGUAGAAAUAACACAUGAAUAAUGAUAUAAUGUGAAUUGGCCCUUUAAAAGAUUGGAGCUAAUGUACAUUUUUAGAUAUAUCUCUAUAAAAUUAUCUAUAAAGCUAACAUUUGAGUUAAAGGUAUAGUACCAUAUGUGACUAAAUAACAACUAACCUAACACAGCAGACCAUGGAAGUGUGCUGUGUCUGGCUAAAUCACAACAAAAUAUAUACAGCUUCAUGUUGCUGAAAUAGACUCCGUAUAUACUUCUUUUAGAAAUAUGUUAAUUUGGUAACCGUGGAGAAAUAAAUGUUUUUACCUUAAAAUGUGAAUUUGCAAUUUGUCAGUCCAUUUCUGCUCCAGUUUUCACAUU